CGGGGCGGGUCCCUGGCCGACCCAGUGGGACACGCCGUUCGGAGCAGCCCAGUGCCCGGGGCCGCCGGGGCCGAGAGCACCUGCGCUGCCAUGGAGCUGCCGCCGCUGGCCGGCAAGGUCGCCGCGCUGUCGCUCAGCGCGCUCCCGCUGUCCUACGGGCUCAGCCACGUCUCGGCGCUCUCACACCCCCUGUGGGUGGCACUGCUGAGCGGCUUGAUCCUGGGCCUGCUGUUCGUGUCCAUCUACAGCUUGUCCCGCGGCGAGAUCUCCUAUGACCCGCUCUAUGCUGUCUUCGCGGUCUUCGCCUUCGCCUCGGUAGUGGACCUCGUCAUCGCCCUGCAAGAGGACGGUUACGUGGAAGGCUUUGCAGAGUUCUACACCAGGGAGGGCGAGCCGUACCUGCGCACAGCACACGGGAUCUUCAUCUGCUACUGGGACGGCACCGUGCACUACCUGCUCUACCUGGCCAUGGCCGGCGCCAUCCGCCGCAGGAAGCAGUACCGGAACCUUGGGCUGUACUGGCUGGGCUCCUUCGCCAUGAGCACCCUGGUGUUUCUCCCGGGAAACAUCCUUGGCAAAUACAGCUCCGAGAUCAGGCCCACCUUCUUCUUGGCCAUCCCCUACAUGCUGGUCCCAUGCUGGGCUGGCCUGCGCAUCUUCAACCAGUCCCGGGAGCCAUCCUACUGUCCCCCCAACAUGGUGCAGGAGGAGCAGAGAAAGGGGCUGCUGCAGCGCCCGGUCGACCUGGCCCUCGUCAUCUACCUCACCCUGGCCGCGUUCUUCACUCUCUUCCGGGGCCUGGUAGUGCUUGACUGCCCCACAGACACCUGCUUUGUCUACAUCUACCAGUACGAGCCAUACUUGCGGGACCCUGUGGCCUAUCCAAAAGUGCAGAUGCUGAUGUACCUGUUCUACGCCCUGCCCUUCUAUGGCCUGGCCACCUACGCCCUCUUGGUCCCGGGAUGCUCGUGGCUGCCCGACUGGACCCUGGUGUUUGCCGGAGCCAUUGGCCAGGCGCAGUUCUCGCACAUGGGCGCGUCCUCGCACCUGCGUACGCCCUUCACCUACCGCGUGCCGGAGGAGGCCUGGGCCUGUGUCUUCCUCUCCAACCUGCUCUACGCCAUUGGCCCACACCUGCUGGCCUCCCGCUGCCUGCUGUGGCCUGCCUUCUUCCUGCAGCUACCGCCUGCGCCCCCGGCCUCCAAGAAGCAGCAGUAGCCGGGCGUGGUGGCCCAC